AUGAGGAAAGAAAUUGAUGUUACUGCUGAAAAUUUAACAAAAUUAGCUCCAGCCAAGGUAACACAACUAAAUAAAUAAAAUGUUGCCAACGGUUUCUAUAUUUUGCAGACACCGGUCGAAACCACGCAAAGAGUGAACAGCCUGUCGUUCAGCUCGAAAGGAGAGCACAUGAUAAUGUCGACGGACGAUGAUUCCAUGUUUCUGUACGAUAUGCACACCGGUCAGAAGUCCCGCAGCGUGAACAGCAAGAAGUACGGAUGCUCUCACGUCAGAUUCGCCUCCGAUGGUAUAUGCGCUCUACACGGAUCUACCAAAGUUGACAGUGAGAAUAUUAUUUUCAUUGAAAAAUUAAUAGACUCUAUUCAGACACCAUCAGGUAUCUUUCACUGACCGACAACAAAUACCUGCGUUACUUUCAAGGACACGACGGAUUGUAAGAUCAUUUUGCCCCUGAAAGCAUUAGAAAAAUGAUUAUAUUCAGAGUGACCGGAAUCAACGUCUCACCGAUGGAUGACAUGUUUCUUUCGGUCGCCGAAGACAAAACUAUUCGAUUAUGGGAUCUGAAGACGCACAACUGCAUCGGUCUCAUGAAUCUAGCCGCCACGCCGAUAGCCACAUUUGAUCCGGAAGGACUUCUUUUCGCUGCUGGACUAGACAACAAUACAGUUAAACUGUACGAUUUGCGCUCUUUCGACAAGGGACCUUUCUCGAGUUUCCCUGUUGCAAACGAAACUGACUUGGAGUGGACUGCGAUGCGAUUCUCUCCGUGUGGAAAGUACAUUCUCAUAUGCACCAACGGAAAUCAACUUUUGUACGUUUGGCUCAAAGAUCUUGAAAUCAUGAAGCGCUGUUUUCAGCCUUCUGGACGCAUUCUCGGGAGUUAUUAGACACGCGCUUUCCGAGCAUCAGAACAUUCAGAAACUUCCUCUGUUGGCCUCGUUCACCCCCGAUUCGUCGCACAUCAUGGUCGGAAGUUCGGACGGCAACAUAUACUUUUACGACGUCGAGACGGGCCGAGUCGCCCACACCAGUUCGGUCCCCGGAGGAGAUGUCCUGCACAUCACCGAGUUCAGUCCGGUUCACUUCGCUGCGGCAACUACCGGAAAACAAUUAGUUUGUUCAUUUCUAUCUGACAAAAGUAUUAAUAAACUUAUUUCAGACUCUUUGGUGCGCAAACGACGAAUUGAAGAACUCUGGGUAA